GAACGAAUUCACAUAGAAUUGAGAGAGAAUUCGUAAAAAAUACAUGUAGAUUACGGAAAAUGGGCGAGAUGCACCAAAGAUCAGAUAUUUAAGGAAUUUUGUCUCGCUCGUAUAACUUUUCUCAUUUCACGUAAUAUUUGUGAUAAAACACUUCUUUAAGAAUUGUUCUUCUUAUUUGGAUGGGCGUUUCGUAAGGAUUGCCGGCGUGUUUCUUCUUGAACUGUGGCAGAGUGUUCAUCAAAUGUGUCUUGUGCAUAAUCCUUCAUGCCUUUAACCUUCUUUUUUAUGGUUUUAGAAGUGUCAGACGCCUUCUCUUUAGUCUUUUCACCUGCAGCUUCGGCUGAUUGUCCCGUUUUGCUUUGAACUUUGUGAUACAUAUCUUUGGCUGUAUCCAUAGCACCCUUUCCCUUCUUCUUAGCUGCUUCGGUGAAUUCCCGUGUUUUGCGUGAAGCCUCUUUCAUGGCGUCUUUUGCUGUUUGUUUUUCGUCAUUUGCUACAAAACCGGCUUGUUUAGAGUAGUCUUUGAGUUUCUCUUUUCCCUCUUUCAUUUUCUCAUUGACGGUCUUGUUCAUUGACUUCGCUUUAUCUGUUUUCAAAAGCGUUAACAUUCUUUAAGGUACACGAUUUAUAUGUCAACUUACCUUUAGCUUGACCCCAUGUAUCUUUGUUUUGUGUUCUUCUGAAACAAGUCGCAGAAAACUGGCGAAGAUUGAAUUGAAACGGUGCAUCAUGCAACUUCCUAAGACACGAUCUGCUGAUAAAUAAGCGUGCUGCCAUUUUCCCGAAUUCCUUUUUAUUAUUCGCAAUUUCUGAAUAUAAGAAACCAAAUACUACAAGUGAUACUAGUCGUUCGCCUUUUAUUAACCGGCUUACAUCACAAUGAGAAUUUGUUUACGAGUGAUAGGAGGGUUAUGACAUUUUUGUUUACACUACUGGAGAAUUGAUUUGUUUACAUCGCAAGUUGGCCCUUUUCUCGCGUCUGUUCGUGCUUGCUAAUCCACACCAAUUAAUACCUGUUUACGGAAUUAUUCGUGUCAAUCGUUAUUUCUUGCUACCUUCUGCCCGUCUCCAGUUUGUGCCAGUGUAUAUUUGCAUCCGCUCUGAAACGGUCAUAUAUUCAGAUUGGCUUGUUGCUCCCAGCACGGCCUAAAGCUCACAGGGAGUCCUGCAACAGGCUUGCCGCAAAGUUUGACUGCCCAUGGGCUCUGGCUCCAUGUUCUCGUUAGCUAGAGUUUUCUCUAUCACGCGGGCUUGUCGCGAUUCGAUCGCUGAAAGGUUACAAAAGCUGCGUUCACGAGGAAAUUCUUCUGCGCAAGAGAAACCGAACGGAGACGGUCAUGAAAGAGAAAGCGAUUCUGAUUCCGGAAGACAUAAUAGCGACAGUAAUGCCGCUAGUUUACACUCUUCAAUAGAAUCACAAAAGCAUCGGUUGAUAUAUGUGAACCAAGCACCUUCACAUAACACACAUAGCAAAUUAGCAAAGUACCCAAGAAACAAGAUACGUACAACUCGGUAUACACCUCUUUCAUUCCUUCCAAAGAAUCUAUACUACCAGUUUAAGAACGUUGCGAAUAUCUACUUUCUUUUUCUUAUUAUUCUUCAGUCAUUUCCUCUCUUUGGUCCGAGACAUCCCGGUCUUCCAUGGAUUCCACUUAUCGUGAUUCUUUCUAUUACUGCAGUUAAAGACGGAAUUGAAGAUUAUAGACGUUCCCGGCUUGAUCGGAAAUUCAACAAUACGAAAACGUGUAAACUCGCAAAGUGGAACAAUGUCAAUAUUACCCAAGAGUAUGUUAACCCGUGGAGACGCUUGAAAAAGCUUACUACGAGGGCUAUGAACAGAAUAUCAGACUCCUUUUCACAUACAACACAGUCAACUUCAGCAUCUCCAACCCAAACUUCAAGCAGAGCUAGUCACGAAUACUCGACAACGCCAUCUAUUGUGAGUUCUGGAGGAAGUGCAGACUGGAUAGCCUUAAGCAACUCUGCUCUUAAUCAAGAAUUCUCAGUUGUUCCGGUUUCUGUUGUCCCUAAAGGCGCAGCAGUUUUUUCAACUGUUUAUUGGAAAGAUAUAAAAGUUGGUGAUAUUGUUCGCGUGAGAAACGAUGAAGCUAUACCAGCCGACAUUUUAUUGCUUAGUUCUGAGCGUUCUGAUGGUACCUGUUAUGUGGAGACAAAAAAUCUUGAUGGCGAGACAAAUUUGAAGGACAAACAUGCUUUACAGUCGACGAAGGGAUGUCUGAAAGCUUCGGAUUUUGAGGUCGCAAACUUUUGGAUUGAAUGUCAACCACCGCAUGCAGAUUUAUACUCACUUUCCGGUUUUUUGAAGGCUCCUAUAUUUACUACUGCUGGAGUAUCAGACUUAAGCAAUGAGUCGCAAUAUUUCAUCGAACCUAUUGAUAUGUCAAAUGUCUUGCUUUGUGGUUGUACUCUUAGAAAUACCAAGUGGAUAUAUGGGCUUGUACUUUACACUGGUUCUGAAACAAGAACGCAAUUAAACCAAGGAAAAGUGCCUUCAAAAAGAAGUCGUGUUACGCGGGAACUUAAUUUCACUGUCGUUUCUAAUUUUGGCAUUCUUUUCGGUCUUUGCAUAUUUGCAGGACUACUACGGACUAUAGCUUGGCUUAAAAGUAAUUCUGCAAGAAUCUUUGAGUACACGAAGAAUGCAUAUUCCGCUCCUACAUUGGGUGUCAUAAGUUUCUUCACAUGUUUAAUUCUCUUUCAGAAUCUGGUGCCAAUAUCAUUGUACAUUUCUAUUGAAGUUGUGAAAACGAUUCAGUCGCUUUUCAUUUUUAGUGAUAUUGAGAUGUAUGAUGCCCUAUUGGACUACCCUUGUACCCCAAAAACAUGGAGCAUAUCGGAUGACCUUGGUCAAGUCGAGUAUAUUUUCUCUGACAAAACAGGUACACUGACUCAAAAUGUUAUGCACUUUAAGAAGUGCACAAUUAACGGAGUUCCUUAUGGCGAAGCUUAUAAUGAAGCUAUGCUUGGGAAUAACAAAAGGCUAGGGAUCCAGAUGACCCAUGAUCCUGCUGCACUUAUUGAGCAAGAUCGCCAAGAAAUGCUGCGAAUUCUUCAACACAGUGGAAACGAAAACAAGGAUGCCAUCACAUUUAUUUCAAGCAAAUUUGUAAGGGACCUUCAGUCGGAUGAAGACGAAGAACAAAAAAAUGCUUGCCUAGAGUUCUUCAAGUCUCUGGCUCUUUGUCAUUCGGUUGUCACAGAAAGAGAAGGUAACAUGAUUAUGUACAAGUCUCAAUCACCGGACGAAGAAGCAUUAGUUGGAACAGCUCGAGACUUCGGUGUUGUUCUCGUGAGCACGCAAAAGAACCGACUGAUAUUAAGCGUUCAGGGUGUUUUACAGCGAUAUCAAUUGUUGGAUAUAAUUCCCUUUUCUUCGGCAAGAAAAAGAAUGAGUGUUAUUAUUCGACAUCAAGGAAAAAUCACUAUGUACACGAAAGGUGCUGACAAUGUUAUUAUUGGCCGACUUUCGGAUGUGCAAUCACCCGGUGUAGUUGAAAAUACUAUUGAACAUUUAAAGCAAUUUGCCUCUGAAGGAUUUCGGACACUUUGUAUUGCUAAAAAAUCACUGGAGUUGGAAGAUUACCUAAAAUGGCGAGCGAAGUAUCAUGAAGCUUGUGCACUUCUCGAGGAACGGGAAACUGCUAUCGAAAAUGUUGCCAACGAAAUUGAAAUUAAUCUGCGAUUGAUGGGUGGAACCGCAAUUGAGGAUAAACUACAGGAAAGUGUUCCGGAAACGAUUGCGUUGUUGGCGCAGGCUGGAAUAAAACUUUGGGUUCUUACGGGAGACAAAGUUGAAACUGCAAUCAACAUUGGCUACGCUUGUAAUUUGUUGGACUCCGGGAUGGACAUGAUUGUUCUGGAUUCCAAUACCGUUCAAGAUUCAGGGCAAGCUCAAAGUGUGCUGUUAGGUUUGCUUCAGCAGAAACUUAGUCUUGAGGGUACGGAACAGGAAUUUCAGCAGCUGAAACAGCAACGUACUAUUCUUCGGGAAAAACUGGCUUUGAUUGUAGAAGGUUCUGUUUUGGACUUCUUUCUGUCAAAACAGCUUCUACAUACAUUUCUGAUUCUGUGUUGUAACUGCUGUACCGCUAUCUGUUGCAGAGUUAGUCCUUCGCAAAAAGCAGCUAUUGUUGCAGCAGUGAAAGGUGAGCUGGAUGUCGUUACUCUUGCAAUUGGAGAUGGCGCGAACGAUGUUGCAAUGAUCCAAGAAGCAGACGUUGGAGUUGGAAUUGCCGGAAAAGAAGGUCGAUCCGCGGCAAUGUGUGCCGAUUAUGCGUUUGGACAAUUUCGAUUCCUCGGUCGUUUGCUUCUGGUACAUGGCCGGUGGGACUAUAAACGUAUUUCUCAAAUGAUUGCCAGUUUUUUCUACAAGAAUGUUGUCUGGACUUUUACUCUCUUUUGGUAUCAAUUAUUUAAUGAGUUUGACGGCAAUUAUAUCUUCGACUACACAUAUGUAAUGCUCUUCAAUCUCGUUUUCACGUCACUUCCAGUCAUUAUAAUCGGCUGCUUCGACCAGGACGUUGAUGCGACUACCUCUUUAAGGUUUCCACAACUGUACAAGCGAGGAAUACUACGUUUGGAGUGGACGCCGACUUACUUCUGGAGUUUCAUGGUAGACGGAUUCUAUCAGUCUGCUGUUUGUUUUUUUCUCACAUAUCUUUCGUUUCGGACUGGCAGACCUGUGUCAACGACGGGGCGAAAUGCUGACUCUAUUGAAGAUAUGGGUGUCUUUAUUUCGUCCCCAACUAUAUUUGUGAUCAAUACUUUUAUUAUGAUGAUUCAAUAUAGUUGGAACGUGGUUACAGUUGGGACUUGGUUUCUCAGUUUGUCUAUUUUUGUGUUUUGGACUACGGUAUACUCUGCCUCAGUUGGUUCAAAUGCGUUCUACCAUUCCGCUGAGAGAGCCGGUGGUACACUAACUUUUUGGGUUGGAACUUUGCUCACUGUUGUUUGUUGCCUUUUACCGCGGUUUUGUGCCAUUUCUUACCAGAGGCUUUUUAAACCUCUUGAUGUUGAUAUACUACGCGAGCAAAGAUAUAAAGACAAGAAAACACGGAACCGUGUGUAUGAAACUGAAAUUUUGGAUGUUGAAAAGGAUGUUGUUGCUGAAUCUGAGCAUGAAAGUGUCAUAUUUAGUCAAGCGGAGGAAACCAUAGCUGGCUCUGAUGCAGCAUCUUUGGCGACAUUCCUUAGUGAUGUCCCGCCUUCUAUCGUUCAGCAAUUGGAUGCGAUUGAGAAUGGUGAAGCUUCAUCUACGGUUGUAGAAGACUGACAUUUUUAGUUAGUGGGUCUUUUUUUCUUACUUUCUACUUUAUAAAGUUUUUGAUGUAUUUAAGUAAGUUUAAUGCAUCUUCAUUUAUUCAA